CUGUGGUACCGCUGGGUCAUGUUCUGGUUGUCCAGGGUGAUGUCAGGGAGCUGAGGGCCAGGCCCUUGGCGGGCAGGGUGGCCCCACCUCUCUUGGCAGGCAGGAGCGUGGGUGGGAGCCUGCCUGAUAGCGGGGCCUCGCAGUGCAGGCUGGAGGUGUUUAUUAACCCUGAGCUGCUAAGGUCUGGGGCCCCUGGCAGAGCUGUCCUCUCUGAGCCUGCACAUGCGUACAUGAUCCAGUACCCCCUUACCAUCGGGGUGUGGCCGCUGCCAUGAUCCCUCUGGGUGUGUGGGUAUAACAAGUCCAAGUCUCCGUGGGAGUUGGGCAGGCUGGGUGCCCCGCCCCUGGGCUGUGCCCUUUCCUCCCAGACUGGUUGUGCAGGAGCGGGCUGAGUGUGGGAUCCAUGCAGUGCAUGCGCGGCCAGCCCUGGGCACAGCCACCACUCACUGUCUCACCCACGGGGAGGGGCCUCCAGAAACUGCUUUCCUUGCUGCCUGGCCACCCCACCUCGCCAGAGCCUGAGUGCCCAGCCAGCGAGGACGCACGCCCACCAUCUGCCUGCCCUCCUGCGCCGGCCGAGCCCAGCCUGAGCCGCCACCCAUCUUUGCAACAUGUUUAAGGGGUUAAGCAAAGGUGCCCAAGGAAAGGGGUCCCCUAAGGGCUCCCCAGCCAAGGGCUCCCCCAGCAAGCACAGCAGGGCUGCCCCCCAGGAACUGGCCCUGCUCAUCUCCCGCAUGCAAGCCAAUGCUGACCAGGUGGAGAGAGACAUCCUGGAAACCCAGAAAAGGCUGCAGCAGGACCAGGUGAACAGUCAGCAGAACCAGGCCCUGCAGCACCAACAGGCGACCAGCCGCAAUCUCAAGGAGGCCGAGGUGCUGCUCAAAGACCUCUUUCUGGAUGUGGACAAGGCCCGGCGGCUCAAGCACCCGCAGGCGGAGGAGAUCGAGAAAGACAUCAAGCAGCUGCAUGAGCGGGUGACCCAGGAGUGUGCCGAGUACCGCGCCUUGUAUGAGAAGAUGGUGCUGCCGCCGGACGUGGGCGCCCGGGUGGACUGGGCACGUGUGCUGGAGCAGAAGCAGAAGCAGGUCUGUGAAGGUCAGUACGGGCCGGGCAUGAAAGAGCUGGAGCAGCAGGUGGCCGAGCACAACAUCCUGCAGCGGGAGAUUGAGGCCUAUGGGCAGCAGCUGCGGAACCUGGUGGGCCCGGACGCUGGCAACAUCCGGAACCAAUACCGGGACCUCCUGAAGGCAGCUUCAUGGCGCGGCCAGAGCCUGGGCGGUCUGUACACGCACGUGCAGGGCUGUACGCGGCAGCUGGGCACCCUGGCCGAACAGCAGCGCCGCAUCCUGCAGCAAGACUGGAGUGACCUCAUGGCGGACCCUGCGGGUGUGCGGCGGGAGUACGAGCACUUCAAGCAGCACGAGCUACUGAAUCAGGAGCAGAACGUGAACCAGCUGGAAGACGACGGCGAGCGCAUGGUGGCGCUGGGGCACCCAGCCAUCGGGCCCCUCCAGGUCCACCAGGAGGCCCUGAAGCUGGAAUGGCAGAACUUCUUGAACCUGUGCAUCUGCCAGGAGAGUCACCUACAGCACGUGGAGGACUAUCGCCGGUUUCAGGAUGAGGCAGACACGGUCAGUCAGACCCUGGUAAAGCUCAACUCCAACUUGGACACCAAGUACAGGCCUGCGCCUGGGGACCCCCUUGGUGCCCCCACAGAGCUUCUGCGCCAACUGGAGGCAGAGGAGAAGCAGCUGGCUGUGGCAGGGAAAACCAUCGGGGACCUGCAGAAGAAGUGCCAGGAGGUGGCCCCUCUGCCACAGCGCAGGAGCCCGCCCCAGCAAACCCUGCGCGUGGACAGCCUCUGUGACUGGGACUCGGGAGAAGUGCAGCUGUUGCGGGGUGAGCAGUAUACGCUGGUGGACAACACUGACCCGCACACCUGGGUGGUGCGGGGCCCUGGCGGAGAGACCAAGAGUGCACCCUCGGCCUGCUUCUGUAUCCCAGCACCAGACCAGGAAGCUGUGGCCAGGGCCUCUGGGUUGGCCUCGGAACUGCAGGCGCUGAAGCGGAAAUGGGCGGCUGUCCAGAGCGACCUGAAGGCCAGCACUGUGCAGCCCUUGCGGCCUGGCCAGCAGGCUCCAACAGGUUCAGCCCCAGAUGACCCACAGGCCAAGAAGCUACUGACACAGAUGACCCAGCUGGACACGGACUUGGGCCAGAUAGAGAAGCAGGUGUUGGCCUGGACCCGGGCCCCACUCAGCCGGCCUGCCCCACGGGAGGAUCUGGAGGACCGCAUCCGCAGCCACGAGGACACAGCCCAGCGCCUUCAGACGCUGGCAGCUGAGAAGGAGGCGGCCCAGCACGAGUGUGAGGAGUUUCUGUUGGCCCAACCCGUGGGCCCCACCGCCCUGCAACUGCCUGCGGCCCUCAACAGUGUCAAGAACAAGUGCAGUGAUGUGCAAGGCCUGAGCCACCUGUAUGGGGUAAAAGCCAAGGCUGCCCUGGGUCUGGAGCAGCAGAUUGAGGAGGCAGACAGGGUCAUCCGGGGCUUCGAGUCCACUCUGGCACAGGAGGCCCCCAUUGCUGACGGCCCUGGUGCGCUGCAAGACAGGGUCAACGAACUACAGCACCAGCGGAGGGCCCUUUUGGACCAGCAAGCCUGCGUGCUGGCCCUGCACCGGAAACUCAAGGCCACAGAGCAGGCAUGCAGUGCACUGCAGAACAACUUUCAGGAGUUCUGCCAAGACCUGCCACGCCAGCAGCGCCAGGUGCGGGUCCUCACCGACCGCUACCAUGCCGUGGGGGACCAGCUGGACCUGCGGGAGAAGUUGGUGCAGGACAUCAGCCUUAUCCACCAGCAGUUCAAGAAUUCCAGGGAUAGCCUGAGCUCGUGGCUGGAGCACCUGCCUCAUAACCAGCUGCGCCCUGGUGACGGAUCCAGCCAGACUGCCUACAAGCUGCAAGCACAGCAGAGGUUGAUGCAGGAGAUACAGGGCCGACAGCAGGACAGGGCCACACUGUCCCGCCUCUCCCAAGACCUGCAGGCGGCUCUCCAGGAAUAUGAGCUACAGGCAGACACCUACCGCUGCUCCUUGGAACCCACCCUGGCAGUGUCUGCCCCCAAGAGGCUCCGAGUGGUUCCCCUGCAAGAGAGUGUCCAGGCCCAGGAGAAGAACCUUGCUAAAACCUACACAGAGAUUGCAGCCGCGCAGCAGCAGCAGCUGAAGCAGCUGGAAUUUGCUAGAAAGAUGCUGGAGAAGAAGGAGCUGAAUGAAGACAUCCGCGUGAGCCACGAGGCUAAGGUGGCAUCAGCGAGCCCAGGCCAGGCAGGGUGGGAUUCAGAGACACUCUGUUCGCAGCUGGAGGAGGAGAGGAAGCGGGUGGCGCAGGUGCAGCACGAGCUGGAGGAGCAGAGGAAGCAGCUGCUGAAACUGCGGACCCAGCGGCCGGUGGAGAGGCUGGAGGAGGAGGAGGUGGUGGAGUUCUAUCGGGACCCCCAGCUGGAGAGCAGCGUGGCCAGGACGCAGUCGCAGGUAGAGGAGGAGGGCCAGCGGCGGGCCAGCCUGCAGGCCGAGCUGGAGGCCACAGCCCAGAAAGUGGCCCAGCUGGAGAGCGCCCGGAAGGCCAAGCAGCCUCAUCUGCUGACCAAGGAGGUCACCCACAUCGAGCGGGACCCCGGCCUGGAUGGCCAGGCAGCCCAGCUCGGCCUUGAGAUCCAGAAGGCACGAGGGGAGAAUGGCGCAGUGGGCGCCCAGCUGGAAGAGCUGAAGGAAGAGCUGCUGGCCCUGGAGCAGAGGGAGGCGGCCGUGCAGGAGAAGGUGGUGGUGAAGGAGGUGGUCAAGGUGGAGAAGGACCUGGAGAUGGUCAGGGCGGCUGGGGCUCUGCGGCUGCAGCUGGAGGAGGAGGCUGCGCGGAGAAAGAGAGCCGCCGAGGCUGUAGCCAGGCUGCGGGCUCGCGCGGCAGAGCUGGAGCGCGCCAUCAGCUCGGUGGAGCCCAAGGUCAUUGUGAAAGAGGUGAAGAGGGUGGAGCAGGACCCGCGCCUUCUGCAAGAAUCGUCCCGGCUGCGGGGCCUCCUGGAGGAGGAGAGGGGCAGGAACGCCGCGCUGGCCCGGGAGCUGCAAGAGCUGCAGGCCCGGCAUCGCGCGGCUGAGGCGCAGAAGCCGCAGGUGCGGCUGCAGGAGCGUGUGCACGAAACCUACUGCGUGGACCCGGAGACAGAACAGGAGCUGGUGCGGCUGCGGGCCCGGCUGCAGGAGACAGUCAGCAAGAGGAGUGGCGUGGAGAAGGAGGUAGAGAAGUUGCUGCCCGACCUGACACUCCUGCGGGCCCAGAAGCCCACCGUGGAGUACCGCGAGGUGACGCAGGAGGUGGUGCGCCACGAGAAGAGCCCCGAGGUGCUGCGCGAGAUCGACCGGCUCAAGGCUCAGCUCAAUGAGCUGGUCAACACGCACGGGCGCUCCCAGGAGCAGCUCAUCCGGCUGCAGGGGGAGCGCGACACGUGGCGGCGGGAGCGGGCCAAGGUGGAGACCAAGACCGUGACCAAAGAGGUGGUGCGCCACGAGAAGGACCAGGUGCUGGAGCAGGAGGCAGCGCGGCUGCGCCAGGAAGUGCGGGAGGCCACGCAGCAGCGCCGCGCCGCCGAGGACGCGCUCUUCGAGCUGCAGAACAAGUACCUGCUGCUGGAGCGGCGGCGGCCCGAAGAGAAGGUGGUGGUGCAGGAGGUGGUGGUGGCCCAGAAGGACCCGAAGCUGCGUGAGGCGCACAGCCGGCUGAGCCGCAGCCUGGAUGAGGAGGUGGGCCGCCGGCGGCAGCUGGAGCGCGAGGUGCAGCAGCUGCGCGCUGGCGUGGAGGAGCAGGAGGCACUGCUGAGCUUCCCGGAGGACCGUGGCAAGAAGUUGGCCGUGGAGCGUGAGCUGCGCCGCCUGAGCCUGCGGAUCCAGGAGCUGGAGCAGCGGCCGCCUGCCGUGCGGGAGAAGAUCAUCACGGAGGAGGUGGUGAAGCUUGAGAAGGACCCGCAGAUGGAGAAGUCCACCGAUGCCCUGCGCCGGGAUCUGGACCGAGAGCAGACCCAGCUGGCCGAGCUGCGGCGGCAGGCCAAGGGCCUGCAGGUCCGCAUCGACGUCCUGCAGCAGGCCAAGUCACAGGAGAAGACCGUCUAUAAGGAGGUGAUCCGGGUGGAGAAGGACCGGGUGCUGGAAAGUGAACGUGCUCGGGCCUGGGAGGCGCUGGGCCGGGAGCGCGCGGCCCGCCAGGCCCGCGAGGAGGAGGUGCGGCAGCUGCAGGAGCGAGUGGACAGGGCUGAGGCGCUAGGGAGGAGCUGGUCACGCGAGGAGGCUGAGCUGCAGGCGGCCCGGGAGCGCGCACAUCAGGAGCGGGGGCGGCUGCAGCGGGAGCUGCACGAGCUGGAGCAGCAGAAGCAGCAGAAGGCCCUGCAGCUGCAGGAGGAAUCGCGCCUGCUGAGCCAGAAAUCCGAGAGCGAACGGCAGAAGGUGGCCCAGCAGGGCCAGGCACUGGCGCAGCUGGAAGCGGCCAUCCUGCGCGAGAAGGACCAGCUACAUGAGAAGGAGCGGACUCUUCGUGAGCUGCAGGCCAAGGUGAGUCGUGAGGAGCUGGGCCAGGAGACACAGACACGGGAGACCAAUCUCUCUACCAGGAUCUGCAUCCUGGAGCCCGAGACGGGAGCCGACAUGUCCCCAUACGAGGCCUACAAGAGAGGCGUCAUUGACCGAGGCCAGUACCUGCAGCUGCAGGAGCUGGAGUGCGACUGGGAGGAGAUCACCACCUCGGGCCCCUGCGGCGAGGAGUCGGUGCUGCUGGACCGUAAGAGCGGGAAGCAGUACUCCAUCGAGGCCGCCCUGCGCUGCAGGCGCAUCUCCAAGGAGGAGUUCCACCUGUACAAGGAUGGCCGCCUCCCCAUCUCCGAGUUUGCGCUGCUUGUGGCAGGCGAGACCAAGCCCUGUGCCUCACUCUCCAUCGGACCCAUCAUCUCCAAGUCCCCGCAGGCUUCCCCAGGCCCCCAGAGCAGCAGCCUCUUCUCCCCCGGCUUGUCUUACGGGCUAGCUGAUGACAGCUUCCCCAUCGCUGGCGUCUACGACACCACCACUGACAACAAAUGCAGCGUCAAGACGGCCGUGGCCAAGAACAUGCUGGACCCCAUCACCGGGCAGAAGCUGCUGGAGGCCCAGGCAGCCACGGGGGGCAUCGUGGACCUGCUGAGCCGUGAGCGCUACUCGGUGCACAAGGCCAUAGAGAGGGGCCUGAUCGACAAUACCGCCACACAGCGGCUGCUCAACGCCCAGAAGGCCUUCACGGGCAUCGAAGAUCCUGUCUCCAAGAAGAGGCUGUCAGUGGGCGAAGCCAUCCAGAAGGGCUGGAUGCCGCUGGAGAGCAUGCUCACCCACCUGCAGGUGCAGCACCUGACGGGGGGCCUCAUCGACCCCACCAGGACGGGCCGCAUCCCUGUGCCACAGGCCGUGCUCAGCGGGAUGAUCUCCGAGGAGCUAGCCCAGCUCCUGCAGGACGAGUCUCGCUAUGAGAAGGACCUGACUGACCCCAUCUCCAAGGAGCGCCUCAGCUACAAGGAUGCCAUGGGGCGCUGCUGCCGGGACCCCCUGAGCGGCCUGCUGCUGCUGCCCGCCGCACUGGAGGGCUACCGCUGCUUCCGCGUCUCCUCCCCCAGCCUGCCACGCCCCCUGCGCUGACAGGUGCCCAGCAAGUGAGCGAGCAAGUGGGGUGUAGGGGCAAUGCGGGUGAGAGAGGGGAGGAUGCAUGCGCCCCUUGCCCCGGGGGCGCCCUCACCCCAAGCAGGGGUCUC